AAGGCAAACGGAAAGAAACAAUUACUGUAUUUGUUGAAAUUAAUAGCUUUCACAUUCUAACUAGGAAAGAACUUACCAACCAAGACAGAUCCAACUACUCAAGCCAAUCAAGAGGGUACCUUAUAUUAUUGUGUUAGAUAGGCUUAGACCCAGAGUUGGUAUUAACAUUAACCAUCAUUUGCUUAAGCUUCAAUCUGAUAAUCGAUUCUAAGAUUUUGGCUGUGUAAGUAGUCAUAUCAUAUAGCAGUGUUGCUUCUUGAUCAUCCCCUUUGAUUCCCAAUCUUUGUAGCCAGCCAAAUUUACCACCACCCACCUGAAUCCUAAAUUUGUGAGAGACCCACCACCCAUAUAUCCCAGAGUGACCAAUCUUGAGUAUGCUCACAAGGUGUUCGAGGAUUUGCUUCGACUGGGCUGGGUUGUGCGUUUCAAUCAAAUCUUUAUUCAAGUUUCGAAUUGAAGUAUUAUUCAGCAGUCAACUCUUUGUUUAAACAAAUUAAACAAGCUCAACCAUUGAGUUAUCACACUGACGCGUUGGCUACAUCGUCUGAAACCAGUACACUACCAUACCUCCUUACCAUUAUUGCUUGUCAUUUGUGUUGUAUAUAUGCAUGUUUUCUUACCGCGUAUUUUCUGUAAUUGUUGCAGAUGCAAAUGGAGUCUUGAUGGGUCCGCAGGCUAAAGGAAGCGUAUACAUCUUUUCAUAUCCACAAGGUCUUCAGAAGCUUUUGAAGUUCAUGAAGCAUAACUACCAAUGUCCUAAAAUCUACAUUACUGAAAAUGUAAUCACAGAGGCAAGAAAAGACACACUUGCACUCGAUGCACAACUCAGGGAUCCGCAUAGAAUCGAAUGCAUUCUUGGCAACGAAGAAUGGGGUGAAUGUCAAAGGCUAUAUCCACUGGGCUGCAUUCAACGACUGGGAGUGGUCGGAAGGCUAUCUUGCAAGGUUCGGGCUUUACUAUGUCGACUACAAAGACAAUCUCAAGCGCAUUUCUUAAGAAUCUGCUAAGUGGCUUCCAAAAUUCGUACAGGGUCAGGACAUGUUAUAUGUAUAAGCUCAGACAUAAGCUCUAAAUGGUUGUUCCAGAAGCAGAUUUUCCUUGCAUAGAAUGGGAGAACUGUAAACAAAAUCGCAGAAAAAUGGAGAAACACACUCUUGGUUAAGUUUCAUAAGCUUGCCAUUUUCAUUCUGUUUAUUGGGUGAUGGCACCUAGGAAAGCCAUGUACUACCAUGUAUGUUGUUCAUCAACUCCUAACAGAGAAUUUGUUUGGAAACAGAG